UCUCUCGCCUCUCACCCUGCUCUUUCUUUGGGCCCAUGUGCCCGAUCCAGGGAGACUCCAUUACACCAGCUAUACUCAGCAGCCUUCAGCAAGCAGAAACUGCAGGGCGCCCCUACCAAGAAGCCAGCCCUUCCCUUCGGAGACCUGCCCACUGGGUACCAACACCUGCACACGCAGCUCCAGUACGAAUGCAUCUCACCCUUCUACCGCCGCCUGGGCAGCAGCCGGAGGACAUGUCUGAGGACGGGGAAGUGGAGUGGGCGGGCUCCAUCCUGCAUCCCUAUCUGUGGGAAAAUCGAGAAUGCCACUGCCCCAAAGACCCAAGGGAUGCGCUGGCCGUGGCAGGUGGCCAUCUACAGGAGGACCAGCGGGGUGCACGACGGCAGCCUGCACAAGGGGGACUGGUUCCUGGUCUGCAGCGGCGCCCUGGUGAAUGAGCGCACCGUGGUGGUGGCUGCCCACUGCGUGACUGAGCUGGGGAAGGUCACCGUGAUCAAGACAGCAGACCUCAAAGUCGUCUUGGGGAAAUUCUACCAGGAUGAUGACCGCGAUGAGAAGACCAUCCAGAGCUUGCGGAUUUCUGCCAUCAUUCUGUAUCCCAACUACGACCCCAUCCUGCUCGAUGCCGACAUCGCCAUCCUGAAGCUCCUGGACAAGGCCCGCAUCAGCACCCGCGUGCAGCCCAUCUGCCUGGCCGCCACCCGGGACCUCAGCACCUCCUUCCAGGAGUCUCGCAUCACCGUGGCCGGCUGGAACGUGCUGGCGGACGUGAGGAGUCCCGGCUUCAAGAACGACACGCUGCGCUCAGGGGUAGUCCGCGUGGUGGACUCGCUGCUGUGCGAGGAGCAGCAUGAGGACCACGGCGUCCCGGUGAGUGUCACCGACAACAUGUUCUGUGCCAGCCGGGACCCCACCGCCCCUUCCGACAUCUGCACUGCAGAGACGGGGGGCAUCGCGGCCACGUCCUUCCCCGGACGAGGGUCCCCUGAGCCUCGCUGGCACCUGGUAGGACUGGUCAGCUGGAGCUAUGACAAAGCGUGCAGCCACAGCCUCUCCACAGCCUUCACCAAGGUGCUGCCUUUUAGAGACUGGAUCGAGAGAAACAUGAAGUGAGUCAGCCUCAGACGCGUCGAGCGG